AUAUUAAAAUAUUAUUUAUUUACGAUGAUUAAGAAAUAUAGUUUAAUUGUUUUAUUAAUUCUAAAUUUCUGUGAAUAUUCAUUUUGUUCAAACACGAAAUGGAUCAGGGAAAAUGGGACCAAUGAAUAUUUGCUAACUUAUAAUAAUGAACCAAUUGAACCAAGUGACCAAUGUGUAAAAAAAUCUGAAAAGUUUCCUGAUGAGUUUAAAUGGCAAUGCUACACACACUGUGCUUACAUCGGAUAUGGUGUUGGUUGGUGUUUUAAAAAGGGCGAUUCUGAUGAAAUGGAAUGCAAAUGUGAAGGAAGUGGUUAUUAUACGAGAAAUUCUUACAGACGGGAAUGGGAAAAUAAAAAGUACAAAAAAGCGGGAGGCCACGAAGAUGAUCAACAUCAUGAAAAUGAUCAAAGUGAUGGUCAUACCUCCCAUGUAUCACAAGAUAUGGACCAUGUAGAAGAAGAUGCUCAUGAAGAUCAAAAUGAUCAAAUAGGGCACUAUGAUGAUGCAGCAGAAGAGCAUACAGAAGAGGAGGAUGGUGAUAAUGGUGAAUAUUAUGAUCAAGAUUAUGAUGAAAAUGAUCAUGAAGGGUACGAUGAAGAACAUACACAAGAUAAUUCUCACGAUUUCGAGGAAAACGACAAAACAAUCCCAUUCUACAAUCCUAAGUAG